UUUGAUUGAGUUUACAAUUUGCUCUCGUGCGGUGUGGACACACACAAGACAACGUUCGGUCGGUCGGUUAGGAAUCUCGUUAACCAUCUUCAAAGAAAGUGUGACGGACGGUUUGCAGUUUGUUGUUCAAUGGCGGAGUAUGUUUGUAACCGUGUGCGAUCUGCUUCUUAAAAGUGAUUUUAGGAUAAAGUAAAAGACCAGAGCGAAUAGAGGAAACCGUCUUCGUUCUACGUGGUGGUGUGUUAAGCAAGUGAAACCGCGAAUGCAAUACAGAACGGGACGCUUCGGACUGAUUGUACUGUUGCAGUUUAGAACGUUUCUAAAGUAUCGUGAAGUGCCGCACCGGAAGCGCCAUUUUCGCUGAGGAGAAAAAACAUCCCUUUCAUCUGGAGACUGUGUAUUUCUCGGUGGAGAUGUAAAUCACUCGCCCACACUAAAAACACCCCGAAGCUACAGACCACCGCUAUUACGGGUACGAACAGCAAAUUAAGUUCUUCACCACCAUUACCUUCCCCGGAAUACCGGACUGCAGCUUCCAACCUAGUACAGUGUGUGUGUGUGUGCGCAGAUAAGUCUUACUGCGUGUGAAUAAGAUUUGCCGUGCUUACUGGAAUCCUGGGAACAUCGUUGGCAGUAGGCCUGCCGCUGACCGGAAAUCCUUAGUGCGAGUGCGAAACGAAGAAUAAACGCCCAAGCUCACACUCACAAAAGACCAUCUUCUCGGGGCAAAAUGGCGCACCAAAUGUUCACAGCAACUGUUCAGCUGUGGUGGUGUCUGGCGGUGGUGUGCCUUGUCGCACUCGGUACCGUCGAGCCGGCCACAACAAUGCCGGGUCCGGUUCGGCAGGAAGUCGCGACCGGCGAAGAAAGCGUACGGUCGUCGGAAGGCUCGAGAGCGUCGUUUACCGUGUACGAUUACUUGGCCGUCGCAUUCAUGCUGGUCAUCUCGAUAGGCAUCGGCGUCUUUUAUGGAUGGUUCGAGCAGAAGGGCGCCGCGAAUGGGGCCGGAGGUGAUGCGGAUUCUAGCGAUGACUUCCUGCUCGGUUCGGGCAUGAGCCUGUUUCCGGUGGCACUCAGUCUUACCACGAGUUUUAUUACUGCUAUCGAGCUGCUCGGCAAUCCGGCGGAGAUGUUUUUCAAUGGCACGCAGUUCUCGCUAAUCGUCAUCUCGAUGGUACUGGUCGUGCCGGUAGCGGUGAAGGUGUUCUACCCGAUCUACUACAAAUUGGAGGUCACCAGUUGUUACGAGUAUCUCGGGAUGCGGUUCGAUAAGCGGAUCAGAGUGUUCGGCGGUGUACUUUACAUCCUGCAGAUGCUGUUCUACACGUCGGUAGCCGUCUUGGCACCAGCCAUCGCCCUCUCGGAAGCAACAGGUCUGAACAAGUACAUUGCCGUCGUCUUGAUCUACUUUGUGUGCAUCUUCUACUCGUCGCAGGGCGGCAUGAAGGCGGUCGUUAUCGCUGAUACGUUCCAGGCUUUGGUGUUGCUGCUUUCGCUGAUCCUGAUACUGGUGCUCGGUACGCACUACUCGGCCGGACUGUCCGAAGUGUUUAGCCGUGCGACGGAACACGGGCGGAUUGAAUUUUUCAACUUCGAUCCCAAUCCGACGACCCGCCAUUCAGUGUUUUCCGUCAUCAUCGGUGGCUUUUUCUACUGGACCUCGAUGUUCUGCACCAAUCAGGCGUCCGUUCAAAAAUGCAUGUCAUUAAAAUCGUUGAAAACGGCCAAACAUGCACUCUAUUUUUCGCUGCUCGGAUUGAUUGCGGUGUUUUUGAUGAACUUCUACACGGGAUUGAUGACUUUCGCACACUAUUCCGACUGUGACCCGCUGGCGGUCGGCCAGAUCACGGCCACGGAUCAGUUGCUGCCGUUCUACGUGAUGGAUGUGUUCGGGCAUAUCAAAUUCAUGGCGGGCAUCUUUGUGGCGGGCAUAUUUGCUGCCAGCUUGGGCACCGUUGCAGCGGCACUAAACUCGCUGGCGGCCGUCGCAUCCGAGGACCUGCUGGAGGCCGGCAUGGAGAUUAAGAUCCCGAACGGGAAGGGUGCACUGUACGCGAAAUGGAUGUCCCUGGGCUUCGGGCUGGUUUCGUUCGGGCUGGUGUUUGUGGUGGAACGACUCGGUGGCAUACUGCAGGCUACCCUUACACUGAACGGGCUGAUCGGUGGCGUUACGCUUGGGCUGUUCAGUCUUGGCAUAUUUUUCCGUCGGGCCAACAGCAAGGGUGCUCUGUUCGGUGGAAUCGUGUCCCUUGUCCUCGUCAUAGCGGUGGGAGUGUUGGCACUGAUGUACAACGAAGAUACGCCACCACUGCCCUCAUCAGUGGAUGGUUGUAACGCGACCAUCAUGUCCCAGCUAAACCAUAGAGGAUUCGCGUACGAAGUAGAACCCUCAGAGGUUUCGGUUGUUUUGGCACUGAAGCACGAAACGAACGAGCCCUUCCAACAGCUACUGACGAUUGUCAAAAAUGAUAUCCUGAGCGGCGAGGCAGCCGAGGUGGAGGAUAAUUUCUACAGGUUGUCCGACGAGGAUGCUUCAGCUGCCCUGCACACCGAUGCACUAUCCGCGAAACAGGACGUCCAAACGGACGGUUCGUCCUACUGGUUUGCGGCCGUGUAUCAAAUCAGUUACAUGUGGUACAGUUGCCUCGGGACGCUGCUGACAGUGAUCUUCGGCUUACUCAUCUCGCUGUUCACGUCGGACGAUGGCUGCAACUGCUGGAACCGGUCGCGUAUUGGCUCGGAGCUACCCAUCACCACCAACAACAGCAGCAGUACACUAACCUCCAAGGAAUCAAUCCAAUCCAAAGCCGUCCCGACCGGUGGUGCUGAAAAACGGAACAAACUCAGCGUCGGUUCGAUGGCACCGCUGGCCCUGAUGAUGGGCACCUCGGUGAAGCACACCCCAUCCGGCGGAGGGGGUUCCAGUUCCGCCAAGUCAAAGGAAGCGCUUUCGAACGACAAGGCAAGCAUCGGUUCCAGCAUCGCAAGCAUCUACUCCAUCGACCGGCAGACGAUUGCUUCCGAGCUCGAAGGGUCGUACACGGAGGAAACCGAUAGGAAGGAAGGUGGACCAUCACCGACGGCAACGUGGCAUAAGAUUGGCUCGGGCGAUGGUGGCAGCGCUUACGCGAACAGCUUUCCCACGCCGCAAUCAUCAUCGGUGAAGAUGGAAAGUGAACGAUUUUAAUUAUGAAUUUCUAAAGCUUCCAUUUCCCUUGGAAAAGAAUUCCCAAUCAGGGCCGCACGGGUACGGGUGGUAGGGUGGAUAGAUAUAUUCGUACCAAUAAUUUUUCAUCUAUCGAACGGGAAAUGAGACUAUCUAUUCGGUGAUGGUGGAUUCAGGUAGUGCCUCUCGGGUGUCCUCUAUUAUGUAAGGCAAGCGAUUCCCAAUCCCGGUUCUCGAAAUUAUGGGACAUGUUCGAGCGCGUUCAAGUGUGUGUGGGUUGAGAUGAGAGAUUCCACCCAACAUUCUACUACGAACGUUCUGUUUUUAAUUUAACUUUAGCUUAGAGUAUGGUGUUGUUUGUUAAAAGUUACAGUACAUCCCAAACCGUUGCAUUCUACAACUCACGAUACAUCAAUCUUGAUUUUAAGAGCUCGUUCGCGGUGGUAGGGUGAUGCGGUAGGGUACGACGCUGGAGAUGUUGAAUCUGAUCUGUUGCAGCUUUUUAACUUAUAUAGACAAACCGUGCCGAGCUCAGAGCAGCAGCAGCAGCAGCAGUCGCAGCGGGUUGCAUACUUUCGGGCGGAAAUAAAACACCGGCCAAUGCCGGAUAUUUGUUUUCUAGAAAGAACCGGCGUACCUGA